AUGAAGCUGUCGCCCUCGACGCUCCUAUCCGCAGCCAUAGUCGGUGGUGCUACACUGGCAUCCCUCGUUAGUGCCGCUGACGCACCUUCUGAUGUCCUGGUUCUUUCCACCGACUCCUUUUCCUCGAUCGUCGACUCAGAGCCUCUGAUGCUCGUUGAGUUCUACGCCCCAUGGUGUGGACACUGCCAAGCGCUAGCACCUCACUAUGAGACAGCCGCUACUACUCUCAAGGCCGAAGGUAUUAAGCUUGCAAAGGUCGACUGCACAGUGGAGGAAGCAGUCUGCAGUCAGCAAGAAGUGGGAGGCUACCCGACGCUCAAGGUUUUCCGCAAAGGUUCUGCUUCCGAAUACGGCGGUACGAGGAAGGCUGACGGAAUCAUCUCGUACAUGCUCAAGCAAGCUUUGCCGGCGGUCUCGUCAGUCUCGGCAUCUAAUCUGACAGAGUUCAAAAGCAAAGACCGGGUAGUGGCCGUGGCAUACCUCACUGCAGCUGAUGCUAAGGACCAACAGGUCUUCUCCGACUUCGCCGAGUCUCGUCGAGACUCUUUCGUCUUUGGACUAGCAAGUGACGCCGAAGCCGCAAAGGCAGCCGGCGUCGUCGCUCCCGCUCUGGUUCUGUACCGACAGUUCGACGAUCCCGAAGUCAAGUACACUGGCAAGUUCGAUGAGGCUGAGCUGUCUGCGUUCUUGACCGCCGAAAGCAUUCCGCUCAUCGAUGAGGUCGGUCCUGAAAAUUUCAUGAUGUACGCCGAGGCUGGAUUGCCAUUGGCAUACUACUUCACCGAGCCUGAAGACGCCAGCCGAGAGGCCACCAUCGAGGCGCUCAAGCCUCUCGCCAAGGAGUACAAGGGCAAAAUUAACCUCGUGUGGAUCGAUGCUGUCAAAUUUGUCAAUCACGCCAAAGGCCUGAACCUGCGGGGUGAAGAGUGGCCAUCCUUUGUUAUCCAGGACAUUCAAGGAGGUACCAAAUUCCCCCUCGACAAUCUAGGCAAGGACCCGGCAAAGACUGUCGGCGACUGGUUGAAGCAAUACGUUGAUGGCAAGCUGAAGCCCAGUAUCAAAAGUGAGCCAGUUCCCAAGACGCAGGAUGGUCCCGUGCACGUCUUAGUGGCAGAUGAGUUCGACAAGGUCGUAUUCGACGACAGCAAGGACGUUCUCGUAGAAUUCUACGCUCCCUGGUGCGGUCACUGCAAGAACCUGGCCCCCAUUUACGACCAGCUGGGUGAGAAGUACGCUGAAAGCAAGGACAAGCUAGUGAUUGCCAAGAUGGACGCUACUGCCAACGACGUACCCCCCAGUGCCGGCUUCCAGGUGCAAUCGUUCCCUACCAUCAAAUUCAAGCCAGCCGGGUCGAAGGAGUUUAUGGACUUCUCUGGUGACCGAAGCCUGGACAGCUUCGUGGACUUCCUCGGCUUGAAUGCCAAGAACAAGGUCGUGGCCAAGGAUACGACCAACGACACUGGCUCGAGUGACCCACACCUCGUGCACGAGGAGCUUUGA